AUGUCCGGACCGAGCAGUAGCACGGUGUGGCGGAGCUGCUCUAGGGGUGCCAUCAGUAAUCGUCCCUUUUACGAAUUUGGUACAGCAAGAAUGAAGCUCGAGAUUUGUUCCUUCUCUGGUCACAAGAUUUACCCUUCCAAGGGUAAGACCUACGUCCGUAUCGAUAGCAGACAUUUCCGUUUCAUCAGUGGUAAGGCUGCUUCUUACUUCAUUCAACGUUUGAACCCCCGUAAGAUCAAGUGGACUGUCAUCUACCGUCGUUUGAAUAAGAAGGGUAUGACUGAGGAAGCUGCCAAGAAGCGUUCUCGCCGUACCGUCAAGCACGAGCGUGCUGUUGUUGGUGCCUCUUGGGAUGCCAUCCGUGCCAAGCGUAACCAAAAGCCCGAUGCCCGUGCUGCCGCUCGUCAAGCCGCUAUCUCCAAGUCCAAGGACGCCAAGAAGGCUGCUGCUGCUGCCAAGAAGGCUGCUAACCCUGCCGGUUCUCAAGCCAAGGUCAGCAAGCAAGGUGCUAAGGGUUUCGCUCCCAAGGCCGCUGCUACUUCUCGUUAA